AUGAUUUUUUGUUUUAAUUUUAGGCAUUUGUCCCAUUAUGAUUUUAAAAAAAUCGCUAAGAACAUUGUAGAUAUUUUUCCGACGGAAAUCAGCGAGGCAUAUUAUUUGCCAGCGACUAGAAAGCGGGAGUCAAUUAACAAUAAGCCAGGAGUGGCAAAGGGAAAGUUGGUGGACAAAUUCCGUAAUAAAUUGACAUUUCUAAGGGAAUCGGGAAUUUUGCCCUGUCGCAGCAAAGAUAAUAAAAACCAAGAAUAUCCUGUUCUAAAGAACCACAUUGGACUUUUGUUGAUUGACAGAGACUUCAAAAAAAUAUUUAUUGACAAGGGAGAUUUAUUAUUUGAAAAGUGGGAGACUGUGGUUACCAAUUUAAUAAAGUUACGGUCAAAAUUGGUAACAUCCCAAAAUGACAAAAUUUUGAUAGACAUUUUGGAAGCACGACAUGUGGAUAUUGAAUAUAAACAUUAUGUUAUGUUAACAUUAUUAGCCUCAUUACUUCCGAACAGAUCACGCCACUUAUAUGGCAAGGCUAGAAAACAUUGGAAACCGACCGUGGCAGAUUCAAGGGAAGGAGUUGUACUGAGAGCUGAGAUACCACCAGCUGAGAUAGAGGAAAAAAUAAAAACAAAAACAGAAAAGCUGACUCAUUUAGAAAUUCCCGUGCAGCCAUUUGUAGUGGUAGAGGGCAGUGGCACAAUAAUCCGAAACAUUUAUGUUUACAUAAAUGAACAAUUAUAUUCAGUGCCAACUAUAUUAAAGGCAAUCGACACAUGCUUUAAAGCAUAUCAUGUACUCCACCUAAGGUACCAAAUAGAAAGUGAGCACAUUUGGUUUUUCCUACAGCAGGCAAUAUAUGAUGUAAAAACAAAAUGGGAUGCUGCCAUACCCAAUAAAUAUAUUGGAUAUUGCCAGGACCUCGUAUUAAAUAAUGUAACUUAUAAUCAUGAAUUUGAACAUACCAUUACAACGCAUUUUAAAGAAUGUUUAGAAUCUGAUAUUCAGCUAACUCAGGAUGUUUCCAAUGCUAAAAAUGAAAAUAAUGUAUCUGUUGCUGAUUAUAUAAUAUCAUUUUUAAUGAAACUGUAUAGAAACCCCAACGUUACACGAAAAUGUGUUCAAGAUGUGGUUGAAAACACCUAUGAGUUGGUUACUGACGUUCUAAGAAAUACUAUGGCAAUUAUUUCUGCUAACACUGAAGCAAUUCCACCUGAAAUAUUUGAAAAUAUAAUGUCGGAUUUAUCGGUAAAUCCAUUAGAGGGUAUGCAAUCCGAAUAUCAUAGGUUUAAAUAUCUAGAAUCUUCUUCUAAAUUUAUAAAAGCAGAAAAAGUUGAAAUAGAUCGAGUUAGAGAGGAUAAGCGCAAAAACGGUUCAGUACUUUUGGAUCAUAGAUGGUGUUAUGUAUAUAUAGUCCCCAUACAUAAAUUAUUGAAGGAAUUUUUACAAACUGAUAAUAUCUUUCAGGAAAUUAUGAAACAUAUUGAGGUGCAAACCAAUUGGUCAGUGUCUUAUUCAAGUAUGUUUAAUGCAAGUUUGUGGAAAAAAAUUAGUUCUAAAUUCGAUAAUAAAAUAUUGUUACCCAUAAUUAUGUAUUAUGAUGAUUUUGAAUGUGGUAAUCCUCUAGGGACGCAAGCCGGCAUUCACAAACUUGGAGGUAUUUAUUUUACUAUUGGGGGAAUACCACCUCAGUUUUCAUCAAGACUUGAAAAUAUAUUUUUAUGGGGACUUUUCUAUUCAGCAGAUAAAGUUGCUUUUGGAAAUGCAGCCAUUUUGAACAGAUUCUUUAUUCAGUUACAAGAUUUGGAAAAUAAUGGAAUUACAGUAUUAUGCAAUGGAGAGAGCAAAACGGUAUAUUUCACCCUUUUUGCACUACUGGGCGAUAAUUUAGGUGUCAAUUCUCUCACAGGAAUGUCAGACAGAAAGUUUUCGAGCUACAUAUUAUUGUCGUUUUUGUUUUGCAAGUAA